GAGCCAAGAGGUUCUUAGCACGUAGCGCUCUCGUCGCGCGCAUGUUUUUCGUGAACUUUUGUCACGCUGCGAAUCACAUUCAGUACGUCGCGAUACUUUUUCGAGACAGCGCGUUAGCCGAAAAGGUCAAAGGCAAAAUAAUGACAAAUGAACUGCAGCAAUUAUGCAAGUCGUUGCUCGAUAACGUGUCAAUUAGUCCGUUGAUCGAAUAACAAGAGCAAACAAUUCGCGUGAACAACUUAUCGCGGUACUGGAAAUUGUUGUCGUUUGUUAUUACCUGUACGCUGUGGAAUUUUUCGUUCGGAAUAAAUGAAUCUGUUUUUGAAUUUGUUCGAACGGUUUUUUUGUUCAAAAUUACUCGUGCAACUAUUUGGCCUGAUUUUACGUCAAACGUCCUGACGUACCCGAUACUUUGCUGGAUCUGCCGUGUCUAUCACUUCUAUCGUGUUUACACAGCUUUGGCUUGCCUCGAGAAACUUUUUUUUCGAAAGAAAUCGGAGAACCUCUUCGUAGGUGCGAUGUGUCUGUCGUACAAUUUGACAGUGUUCCUCAAAUAUUGACACUAGUCACGUGUUGAAGGCAUUCGGAAGGCAGAAGACACGCAACGCUGGUGUCGUUCAUCGAUUACACGUAGUGACAGCCUUUUUUUCUUUUUUACAUCGUUGGAAGAAAUAAGAUCAACACCUCGUCGACAUGGAUACCGUGCUGGAGAAAAUGGGAAAAUUAAAUCUGAGGAUUCCAACUUGUCCCGUAAAAAGUCCACAACCCUUGAAGGAGUUUGUAGGUCGCUGCCAAGCGAUGCCGUCCCGUGUUAAAAAAUCGUUUUGCGGCUGUCUCCAGGAUGAUGAACCACCGGAAAUCACGUAUUGCGUGGUGGAACACACGGGCACGCUCACGCUUCAAGCAAUGACUCCAACCCUGCCGAUGCCUGCCGAAGAGGAGCUCAACAAAAUGUUCCUGGAGCUCGUCGACGAGCUCGACCUCACUCAGACCAAUAGACAGGCGGUGUUGGCACUUCCUGCUAAUAAGAAAUGGCAGAUUUAUUGUUCCCGGAAAGGCAAUGGCACCCUGGACAACGGGGGACUCAGGACCACAGACCUAAGUGGGGAUCCGGAGGACUACAUUAAUAGACUUAAAACAAUUGCCAGUUCACCGUUUCCUGAGGAAGGCGAGGAGAUCUCGAAUCAGAUGCGACAAGUUGAGGCUCUGAAGACUGCCCUCAGGACACAGCCUCACAGCUUUGUUCUUAGAUUUAUCGAACUUGAUGGACUCAAUGGUCUUUUACAAGUUCUGGGUACUAUGGAUGCGGACGCAGGCAACAGUAAUCUUCAUACGAGUGUAAUAGGAUGCUUGAAGGCCCUUAUGAACAAUUCGAAUGGCAGAGCACAUGUAUUGGCUCAUCCUACGGCAAUAAACACUAUUUCUCAGUCGCUGGCGACUGAAAAUAUUAAAACGAAAAUUUCGGUUUUGGAAAUACUUGGCGCGGUCUGCCUUGUUCCUGGGGGACACCGAAAGGUCCUGGAAGCCAUGUUACAUUUUCAGCAAUAUCAUUCCGAGCGGACGCGUUUCCAAAGCAUUAUAAAUGAUCUAGAUAAGAAUUUUGGGAUUUAUAAAGAUAAUUUAUCAUUGAAAACUGCCAUUAUGUCCUUUAUUAAUGCCGUUCUGAAUUAUGGACCGGGCCAAGUCACGUUGGAGUUCAGACUACAUCUGAGAUACGAGCUUCUGAUGCUUGGAAUUCAACCUAUUAUUGAGAAGCUAAGAAAAUAUGAAAACGAAACGUUGGACAGGCAUUUGGACUUUUUUGAAAUGGUACGGAACGAGGACGAAAAGGAAUUGGCUAGAAAAUUCGAAAAGGAACACGUCGACACAAAAAGCGCCACAGCCAUGUUUGAUCUUUUGAGACGAAAACUUAGUCAUACUGCAGCAUAUCCCCAUCUCCUUAGUUUGCUCGAGCAUUGUAUCUUGUUACCAUUGGAUUACGGUUCGCAUCCGCAGCACUGGUUGCUCUUCGAUAGGAUCGUUCAGCAAAUCGUCCUGCAAUCGGAAGGCAAUGAUGCGGGAACCACGAGGAAUCCUGACGUAGCUCCGAUCGAGAUAAACGUGAAGGAGAUUGUUCAUCUACUGGCUAAAGAGGAGGAACUGGUGGCUGCCAGAAAAAAGGCCGAAGAGCUAGAAAAAGAGAAUUCCGACAUGUCCUCCAGGCUGGCUAAAAAGGAGCAGGAUCUUGACCUCAGGACACAGGAGAAAGAAGAUAUGGAAGCCAGUUUGGCCAGGACGAAAGAAAGACUGGAAAAGGAAAUGUCAAUGCAUAUUGAAACGAAACAGAGAAUUUCAGAGCUGCAGGACAGCAUGGAGACUCUAUCUCGUCAAGUAAACAACGAAAAAUCAGAACGGAAGCGAUUGGAACAGUUGGUCGCUUCUGGAAGUCUUCCAGAUGAUGCAAAAGCCACAAUUAAAAUAGUCGAGGAUGAAGUCGUCGAAAAAGUCGAGGCUAAACCUACUCCUCCACCUCCACCACCACCACCUUUAGCACCUCCACCACCUCCGAGUUUGAUGCCAGCAGCACCACCCCCCAUGAAGAUGGAAAUUGUCAAAAAUGUUCCUCAGCCAAGUAACCCUCUAAAGUCAUUCAACUGGUCUAAGAUUCCGGAACAAAAGUUGCAAGGAACUAUUUGGUCAGAGUUGGAUGAUACCAAGCUGUACAACGUGAUGGAUCUCGAGUCGAUUGACAAGAUCUUCUGUGCUUACCAAAAGAAUGGCGUUUCAGCCGAAGGUUCCAUUGAGGAUCUUCGUAAUCUUGGCAAGAGCAAGAAGACAAUGUCAGUGAUUGAUUCAAGAAGAGCACAAAAUUGCACUAUUCUGCUAUCAAAAUUAAAAAUGUCUGACAGUGAGAUCACAAGAACAAUUUUAUCAAUGGAUCAACAAAAUAUACUUCAUAUCGAUAUGGUCGAACAACUUCUGAAAUACAUUCCAUCUUCGGAAGAGGCUGCUCUUCUGGACAUGCACCAAAAAGAACUUCAAAGUAGAGCCGACUGUUUCCUUUAUCAGAUAUCAAAGGUACCUCAUUACGAGCAGAGGUUGAGGUCUUUGCACUACAAGAAGAAAUUUGCCGCCAGCAUUGCUGAACUCACGCCGAGGAUGAGAGCAGUCCUCGAAGCAAGUCGACAGGUGGCCAGAUCCCGAAGACUCCGGAAGCUUCUGGAACUGGUUCUGGCACUUGGGAAUUACGUGAACCGCGGGAACGCUCGUGGCAACGCAUGUGGCUUCAGAUUGGCUUCCUUGAAUCGACUGGUUGAUACUAAGUCGUCAUGUUCAAAAGGCACUACACUUCUGCAUUACCUAGUUCAAAUUUUGGAAACGAGAUUUAGAGAAGUCUUGGAUAUUGAGGAGGAUAUGCCUCACGUGAGAACCGCUGCAAGAGUCAGCAUGGCUGAUCUGCAGAAGGAGGUUGCCAACCUUAAGAAUGGAUUGCAGGAUGUUCAGAGAGAGAUUGAAUUUCAUCGAGGUCAGUCACAGGUACUUCAGGGUGAUAUGUUUUUACCUGCCAUGAGAGACUUCCAGGCGCAAGCUACGUGCAGAUUGGCAGAGGCUGAAGAUCUCUUUCAGGAUAUGAAGACGAGAUUCGACAGAGCAGUUCGACUUUUCGGUGAAGAUUCUGCUGGAGUUCAGCCGGACGAGUUUUUCGGUAUUUUUGAAAAUUUCUUACAAGCUCUUGCUGAAGCACGACAGGAUGUCGAAAAUAUGAGGAGGAAAAUCGAAGAGGAGGAACGUAGAGCUAAGCAGGAACAGGAGUUAAGGAAGAGAACUAUGGAAAGAAAGAAUUCACGCGAAGGUAUCCUGAACAGCAUUGCCUUGGGCAAGAAAAAUGAAGCCAACGGUAACGGUCAGAGCGAUAAUAAGGGCGAGUUCGACGACCUCAUAUCGGCUCUGCGUACCGGCGAUGUUUUUGGUGAGGAUAUCGCCAAAUUUAAAAGAUCGAAACGCAGACCAGUGACACCAAGUGGUCAGGAAUCCCGGAGACACAGCGCCCACAGGGAAGAUUCUAGAGAAAGACACUAAAUAUUUUAAUUAUUCGUUUAUCCUAGCAAACCCCGCCGUGCUGGAGACGUUUCGCAAAAUAUUUACUUUUCUGCGUCCAAAAAAAAAGAAAUGAAAGAAGUAUCGUUGAUUAUUCAAACUUUGCUCGUCGUUUAGAAAAAAAUGAUAUUGCACAGUGGAACCAGUGAGAUCAUAAAUUUCUCCAAAACUAGGAGAUUUUUGAGUGCCAAGAUAUGAAGGAUCUAUCAGGUGUUUCUAAGGAGAUGGAAAAUGCAGCAAACUUCAACGUCGAUUAAUUCCAUCUCCUGAAAAUUCUUUGAAGUGCCGCUUCAAGGAUAUUCAGUUCCCGUACUACAUUUUCAAUUAAAGGAGACUUCCGGUUUAAGUAAAACACGAACUUUUAUCGUGAUUCACGAAAUGGGGUUAGCUAAUCAAAUGGUACAGGGAAAGGGAACUUGUAAAAGAUUCACAAAAUUAAAAAAUAAAUAUUCAAGCGAGAACAUAUAAACUUAUCACAUAGGCGCAUUCGUUAACUCCAUUACUAUCGAAAGCAAUUCUAGCCAGACAGAUAGUAUAAGUGAUACUUCACGUUGUACAUAUAGUAGUCAUUAUAUAAUUUUUGUUGUGUCGUUACUUAUGCGCUAAGACAGUCAUUUCAUUUAAGAAGUAACCAAUGUUAUGAAAAUAUCGAUGGAAAUAUUUCAAACACAGAGUAUAUGGACAAAUAGGCGACAGCAAUAAUCGGACCAAGAAAGUUUGGUUGGUUCUUUUUGAAUAGGGAACAUAAAUUAAGAUUUAAUUAAUACAGACUGAUUGGCAAGAUUUUAUUUUAUAUUUAACUAAAAUGACGAAGGCCUAUACGCAGUUCUAUACUGCAAUUACAAUGGACAAGUCUGAUCAUUUACUUUUCAGGAGAUAAUUAAACGAAAAAAAAAAAUAAUGAUAGUUGAAAUCACUGAUGGAAUAAACUUUGUUCUCCUGCAGCCUCGAGUUUGCAACUCGCUCCAAUACCCUUGUCCUAAACGUUUAUGAGCGAAAAAAAAA